AUGAGCUGGGGAUUCCUACGUGAUCUGUUGAGUGGAGUGAAUAAAUAUUCAACAGGAAUUGGAAGAAUUUGGGUAGCAGUUGUGUUCAUAUUCCGCUUACUGGUUUACAUUGCAGCCGCAGAAAACAUCUGGAAACAUGAACAUGAUGAAUUUGAAUGCAAUAUCAAGCAGCCUGGUUGUGAGAAUGUCUGCUUUGACCAUUUUUUCCCUGUCUCCCACAUCAGACUUUGGGCUUUGCAAUUAAUCAUGGUGUCCACCCCUUCGCUGUUGGUUGUUUUUCAUGUCGCUUACCGAGAGAACAGAGAGAAACGCCACAGCCAGAAACUUUAUAGAAGUCCAGGAGACAGAGAUGGUGGAUUGUUGUGCAAUUACCUUAUCAGCCCUAUCUUAAAAACAGGAUUUGAAAUAGUUUUUCUUGUUCUGUUUUAUAAAUUGUACAAUGGAUUUGAAGUACCUCGUCUUGUGAAAUGUGACAUAAGACCAUGUCCCAAUAUGGUAGACUGCUAUAUUUCCAAACCUACAGAGAAGAUGAUUUUCCUCUAUUUUCUGGUGGCAACUUCAUGCUUGUGCAUUGUAUUAAAUCUAAGUGAAUUAACUUACCUCAUUUUCAAAUAUUCUAUAAAAUGCUAUCUGAAGAGGUACAUAAAGAAACAUCGAGGCUCAAAAAGUGAUUGCCACAAAUCAGAAACCAUCAGUCACAACAGAGCAGCAGCUGCAGGACAGUUCCAUGACAGCUCCCCGUCCCUGCCUCUGAAUAUGCAAGACGAAUGUGAAAAAAGUUCCCUGUCAACUUGAAAGACGGCUGGAGACCACCUUCCCGCUGCACAGACUGUAUUUGGCCAAUUGCUUUUCCAAUCCAUGCUUUACAGAACUGAAAAGAUAGUUAGGUAGGAAAUACUUUUUCUCUGUUAAUUCCCCCUGACUUGAGCAGAUAAAUUCAGUCACAUUGUGCAUGUCAUACAUAGAAUCAUCUAAAUCUUUUCAUGUUGAAACAAGAGGUAUAGAAAUCUGAAAACUCCGUGAAGCUUCAAUAUAAAUGCAGAUGCUUAUGAUAAAUCACACCGAAACAAUUGCUCAAAGAGCUGUGUUUUGAAUAUUACACAGGGUUGCUUUGGUACAAGCAAAAAGAGGCUUUUUAUAUGGAGAGCUGGAAGAACCUGGGAUUGAUGAAGAUGCUGAACAGUAAGAGGAUGUACAGCACUGGUCGGGCGGGUGGAUCUGAUAACGGUUGAAAUAGCGAGUGUGAGGUGCUGGCGUACAGUGGCAGCUGGGUGGGAACAAGCCCAUCCCACUGGACUACUGCAAAACAUCUCAAAAUAAAAGAAGAAAGAAAGAAAAUAAGAAGUGGCAGACACAUCUAGUUUAGCCCAUGGUGACAAAGACAGGCCCAGUUAUUUCGCUGUU